GACGAUUUAGUCACAGAUCUAAAGGCGAACACGGAGAAUGUCGAACGGAAAGCAUUUCAUUUGGUUAACAGUUGCGGUUGCUCUUGGGGCAGCGGUCGGUGCUGUGAUUUUGCCUAGCCCGAUGAGUCACUGCACUCUGCACGACGAGGCUUGCAUUAUGGAGCAGGCGAAAAUCUAUUUCCGUGCCUUCAAGUACGGCAUACCCGCCUGGAACAUACCCAGCGUAGAGCCCCUGCAGCUGGGCACGUUGCGCAUCAAGAGUGGCGGUGCUAGCGACUCAAUGCAGUUCAAUCUGAUUAUGCGGAACACGACGCUGCAUCACUUUUCCGACAGAGCGACCCUCAAGAGCUUGAAGGGCUUCUCUGCGGAUCUGACCAAGCCGCUGAAAUUGAUUUGGAUCGUCAGUUCGCCCGACAUUGAAGUCCGGGCCAACUACGAAGUGGACGGCAAGCUACUGAUCCUGCCCAUUGUCAGCAAAGGCACGAUGGUCAUUAAUCUAAGCCAAAUGCAGUCCAGAACUCGAAUCACUGCUCUGCCGGAGAAUCGGCAGGACGGACAUUCCUAUCUGAAGAUCACCGACUAUAGAACGGUCGCCAAAGUGAGCUCCGGAUCGUUUAACAUGUCCAAUCUGUUCGACGAUAAUGCGGAUCUGCGCGACAGCACCUUGAAGGUUCUCAAUGAUGAGUGGAGCGCUCUAUCAGCGGACAUACAGCCGAAGAUAUUGGAAGCCGCCGAUCGAGCCUGUAGAACUGUCUUACAAAUGCUUUUCGACAAAAUACCAUACGAUGAGUUCUUUCUAAAAGAAUAAGAUCUUCUUUAUGGAGCUAUACUAUAUUCUAUAUGGGAUUUACUGUGAUCGAUAGUCGAUUAGCAGUUAGCUUGUAGACAGUCUGGAAGUUGUUGGGUAGACCCUAGGGCUAUCUAAUCUGUGUAUCAAUAUAUUUAAGUCUCAAGGCAUUCAAAAUACAGCCUGAA